GUGCCUGCGAGGUAAGUGAAUUUUGCAGGAUGUUCUUAUGCCUGCUUGGAGGGGGGCAGGCGGCGUCCAUUGGAGUGAAUUCUCUCCAUCUUAAAAAACAUGCUCUUGCACCUUGAAUUGAAUGCUCCUGCCACCGCGAAAUAGAUUCCCUUCCUGGGAGUGGAUUCCCCGCCUCCUCUCCUCCAGAUCUUCUCCCACCCUUCUACUCUUGUUGUACUUUUGGCCUACUAUUUUCCAGCGCCUUGCCUGCGCCCAUCGUUGAGUUGAUCCAGCUUUACCAUGGCGGCUCCUUUCCACGUUCCGUUUUUGCAGGGUGUAGACCGCAACAUUCACCUGUUCGACUCCGGUGGCGUGUAUCUCGGGGGUAAGCAGAAGCUCGUGCAGUGGCAGUGGCAGUGGCAGUGGCAGUGGCAGGGUGACUCGCUAACGAACGGGCCCAUCCAUCAGGGGGAUUUCAGCAGACGCCACCGCAGCUUACCGUCCGGCUCUUCGUGGACAUGUGUUCCCACUUCCUCCGGUUCGAGACCAUGCGGACCCGCUGGGCCCUGUUCGCUGUGGAUGAGCAUGGCACGGUCGGAGCGCGGGUGAGCCAAGCGAACGCAUUCGUAGCGCCGGGGCACUAUGCCGUGCGAAGCAGAGAUGGCCACCCGAUUGCCGUGCGCCUAACUUCCGAGCGCCAUGUGCGCCGGGUCCGGACUCCCCAGACUGGAUCCCAGAGCCUGCGCGAAAAUCAACUCCAUUUCCGGGAUGCGGUCCGCAGCCGUGACAGGGCCUGCGCCAUCACUGGCCAGCGGCCGGGGACACUCCACGACCCCUGGCGAGGCUUGAUGGCGGCACACAUAUACCCGGUCUCGCGACUGGCCGCUUGGAAUCAGGAACGGCGCGCCUGGAUCACCGACACCACCGACGCGGCAAUGAUCGCUCCCAGCGGGCUCUUCUCGGCCCAGAACGGGUUGCUCUUGGAGGCAACCACGCACAUCUGCUUCGAUCUCUAUGAGAUCGCCGUCAGCCCCGAUCAUGGCUAUCGAGUGGUCCCCUUUGCGCUGGACAGUUUGGGCGUCGGGGGGUUGGUGCUAAGCUCCACCACGAGGCCGGCGCGAGAUGAGAACCGGCGAGUCAGCGACGAUAUCCUCCGGUGGCAUUUCCACCAAGCCAUCCUCAGGAAUAUGAGGGGGGCCGGGGAGAGGCCGUGGGAUGAGGACAACGCGGGGGGGGGCCGAUGGCUCUCGUUAGGGCGGGCCCGGAUGGCAGGGAGAGGAUGGAGGUCGAGAUGGCCACCCGGCUGGGGGCCUUCAUUGAGGAGGGAGAGUGUGGGUGGAAUGAUUGACUGGCCCGGUAAGAGAGAAUGACAUGGGUCCAAGGAGCAUCUGAUAUCCGAUUUGCUAUUGACAGAGGCGUCCUGCCGUUUCUUGUUGCUCGGAAUAUCCAUGCGUGAUAUCUAAACGCAAUCGCAUUGUCCCAUCGCCUUGAUCUUGGUUUGGGUGGGGAGAGUGGGGCGAGCGAGCAGGUUAGCCUUGUGUAGCAGAAACUAGCCGCCCCUUUCAAUCAACAUCCGAUAUGGUGUAGUGGCUAACAUCGCCG